GUGAGAAUAUCAAGGGAUGCAGAAGUUAAAAUAACCAGUACCUCAUGCAACUGUGAGGCAGGAGCAGGUCUCUGCAAUCAUGCAAGAGGCCUGGUAUACCUCCUUGAACACUACAGAAAACUUGGUUUAAGAAGUGUACCUCCCGUCAUGUCUAAAACAAGUCUUCCACAGACAUGGCAUGUUCCACAAAGGACAGCAGGAAUUAAUCCCCGUGAUGUACAAGAGGUGCUAGUGCAACAGGUAAAACCUCCAAGCAGUGAUGCUCCUUCAAAAAAGAAAGUACGCAGGAUAGAUGGCGUACGGUCCACCCUGUACAACCCAAUUCCAGAACAAUUUGGGGAACCUAAAAUUAUAGAUUCCAUGAAGGACAUAUUCAAAGUAUAUAAAGACAUGCAAAUAAAUAGCAUUGUUCCCGAAACGAACAGAUAUGACUUUGUGGACAGUAAUCUCGGAAAGGUAGCUUGUGGCUCAGUUAUCUCAUACCAGCAGCGCCAAAACACAACAAAUGACCCCAAAAUUCACAUGAACAUUGACGGGCCAGAAAAUCCACCAGCUUUUGAUGUGCCAUCACUUGAAAACCAUUAUUUAUUUGUUCCCAAAUUGGCAGAAAUAAACUUUAUUGAAGGACUCAGUGUAUCACUAGAACAAUCUUGUUUAUAUGAGGAAGAGACAAGGGAGCAAUCUGACACACAGAAGUGGCAUGACUUGAGGGCACAGAGAUUAUCUUCCAGUAAAUUUAAAGAUGUGUGUAUACGAAGAGCUGACUUUGAAUCAUUGGCAGUCAGACAACUAAAGAAGACUGUGCAAACUUCGGCAAUGAAGCAUGGCAUAAAUACAGAAGAAGAGGCAGCUUCUGCAUAUGCUGACAGUGGAGACUGCAAU